UCUUGUACAACUUAUCUAGUGACGUCGUAGGCCGUAUGGUGGGAUGCGAUACUUGUUAUGCGAGCGAUUCACUCGGCGAUCUCAGUAGCGUUUCUGUCGUUACCAGUGGAAGGAUCGGUAGCGAUCGGCUCCACCGAUCCAACAUUGUUCCUUCGUUGUGCCACGCUAAAACCGCGGACCAUGUCUCCGGUGACGUUAGCUCUGAUCCUCGUGCUGCUCGGCCUGUUGGCCUACCGUUACCUAUGGAAGACCACGAACUUCUUCAAGGAACGGGGGAUCGAACAUCCGCCGACGGUGCCGAUUUUCGGUAACAUAGCGCCGGUCUUGUUCCGCCGCGUCUACAUGGGCUACUACCUGCGGGACUUGUACAAUCGUUACAGCCACCUCAAGUAUUUCGGUUUCUUCAACUUCAUGUCGCCGUUGAUCGUGAUCCGGGACCCGGAGCUGAUCUCGUCGAUCGCGAUGAAGAACUUCGACCACUUCACCGACCAUUUGGGUUUCGUGGACAGCGACAUAGACCCGCUGUUCGGCAAGAACCUGUUCUCGCUGCGCGGCGACCAUUGGCGCGAGAUGAGGAAGCUGCUCAGCCCGUCGUUCACCUCCGCGAAGAUGAAGAACAUGUUCAAGCUGAUCGUCGACUGCGCCGACAGCUUCUCGGGUUUCAUAGCGGAGGAAGCGAAGAACGGCCGGAUCUACGAUCUGAAGGAUUUGUUCAGGCGGUACACGAACGACGUGGUGGCGACGACCAACUUCGGGAUCGCCGUUGACUCGAUGAGGAACCCGGACAACGAGUUCUACACGUUCGGCAGGGAGACGAUCAACUUCGCGUCGACUAAAAUGAACUUGAAGUUCCUUAUAGGCAGGAACUUCCCGACGCUGUCGAAGUUGUUCAGGAUCAGGAUAUUCGACGAGAAGGCGACGCAAUUCUUCAAGAAAGUGGUCACCGAGACCGUUCGCAUGCGGAAGGAGAAGGGUAUCGUUCGGCCGGACAUGAUCCAGCUGAUGAUGGAGUCGACGGACACCCAAGGGAAUCAUUUGUCGAUCGACGACAUGACCAUCCAGGCGUUCGUCUUCUUCUUGGCCGGGUUCGACACAUCCGCGUCGCUGAUGUGUCUAGCGACCCACAUGAUCGCCACGCACGAGGAGGUCCGCGAGAAGGUUCUAGCUGAAAUCGAGGAGGUGCACAACAAAUUAGAGGGUCGUCAGCCCACGUACGAGGCGAUCAGGGACAUGCAGUACUUGGACGCGGUCCUGGACGAGACUGGCAGGAUGUACCCGGUGGUGCAGUUCUUGGAUCGCGUGUGCGUGAAGGAUUUCGAGCUACCGCCGGCGGCGCCGGGCGCUAAGCCGGUCAAGAUGAAGCCCGGGGACCAGGUGUGGUUCCUGCCUCCGGGGCUCCAUUACGACCCCAAAUAUUUCAGUGACCCGGACACCUUCAAGCCGGAGAGAUUCCUCAACGAGCACAUCCCGCAGACCGUGUACAUACCGUUCGGCGUGGGCCCGAGGAUCUGUAUCGGCAACAGGUUCGCGCUGAUGGAGACCAAAGUGAUGUUAUACUACCUGUUGAAGCGCUGCGUGAUCGAGCCCUGCGCCAAGACCACGGUACCCCUGGAGUUCAACAAGGCGCUGAUACAACCGGUACCCAAGACCGGUUUCUGGUUAAAGUUCAAAACGAGGAACGACUAUUCGACCGCCAAUGGACACGUCCCGAAUGGGACCGCUUGAACCCUGCGUAAUUUCAUUCGAAUCGGAGUUUCCCUCCCGCGUCCUAGUAAUGUUCUUUUUAAAGUUUUAGUAGACAUUUCUCAUUUUCUCUCGCCCCUGCGAGUAAUUGGAAAUAUAAAUUCCUAGGUUACUUGUGCGCAGAAUUCUUUUAAACGUUCUCGCGUAAUGAAAUGCAUACUUUCUGAAAUAUUCGACUGAAAUAGUUGAAUACUUGUGUUAUUAACCAACAGCUGGAAUAUGAAGUUUGACAGACGUCAUGGACAGUCUGCAAGAAGAACUCGGCGGAUGACUUGGAACACUUAUUACUGUACCGUGGAAGUUGAACGCAGUUUCGUGUAGUUCUAGGAUCUAGCUCAGUGUUAAUAAGAAAAAAUUAUUUAAUUUCA